AGGAGAAGGACCUCAUCUUGUUAGUCUGCACUGGGAACAUACUUGGUUGGCCCCAUGGUGAUUGACUUUAAUAUUCCUGUGGAUCUGGAGCUUUUGGCAAAGAAGAACCCAGAGAUAAAGAUGGGCGGUCGUUACUCCCCCAAGGACUGUGUUUCCCCUCACAAGGUGGCCAUCAUCAUCCCGUUCCGCAACCGGCAAGAGCACCUCAAAUACUGGCUGUAUUAUUUGCACCCGGUCCUCCAGCGCCAGCAACUGGACUAUGGCAUCUAUGUCAUCAACCAGGCUGGAGACACCAUGUUCAAUCGAGCUAAGCUCCUCAAUAUUGGCUUUCAAGAGGCCUUGAAGGAUUAUGACUACAACUGCUUUGUGUUCAGUGAUGUGGACCUCAUUCCGAUGGACGACCAUAAUACCUACAGGUGUUUUUCACAGCCACGGCACAUUUCUGUUGCAAUGGACAAGUUUGGGUUUAGCCUGCCGUAUGUCCAGUACUUCGGAGGUGUCUCUGCUCUCAGUAAACAACAGUUUCUUGCCAUCAAUGGAUUUCCUAAUAAUUAUUGGGGCUGGGGAGGAGAAGAUGAUGACAUUUUUAACAGAAUAGUUCAUAAAGGCAUGUCUGUAUCACGCCCAAAUGCUGUAGUUGGAAGGUGUCGCAUGAUACGACACUCAAGAGACAAGAAAAAUGAGCCCAAUCCUCAGAGGUUUGACCGGAUUGCGCACACAAAGGAAACUAUGCGUUUUGAUGGUUUGAACUCACUUUCCUACAAGGUGUUGACCGUACAAAGAGACCCAUUAUAUACCAAAAUCACAGUGGACAUUGGGACACCAAGAUAGCAUUUUGGAACAAAUAAGAGACCUGAAAAUGGCCAGGGACCUCCGAUGUGUGUCUCUGCCAGUCGACUGGGCUGGUCCCCCUCAUUUGUACAGUCUGAAUGGUAGUUUUCCUUGCUGUCAUUCAGACACCUUUCCAGAUGCCCAGGGUGAAUGUAACAUUUGCCCCCAGCCUGGCUCGGCACUGGAUGAAAUUCUACAAGGUGUUUGUCAGUGAAAAGAAGGUCAGCCUUUGGAGGCUUCUUGGACAUGUCCAUUGUGUCGUCUCCAAAGAGGCAGAACUGUACACAGAUCAAAAUGUAGUGACUGUGAGUCACAUUCCCACUGCUGAGACGCUAGAUUAUGGAAUGGUAAGAACUUGCUCUGAUCAGUGAUGUCUAUACUUCAUGACAAUUUGGAGACUGCUGCUGGAUUCAGAUUGAUGUGAUAAUCUUGAAGUUUUUAUACAAAAAAAAUCAAAAUUUCAAUCAGCCUCAUGUUGUGUCCCUGUCCCAUGUCCUCUCAUUGUAUGCAACUAUCACAAUCACUGUGUGUGCGUGCUUUCUUUGCAAAAGAAUUUUAAAACUUGAGCCUGGAGCGUGGUACUCUGUUGGUGUGUGUGUGGAUUCCAAGACUUGAACUCAGAGCAGGAGCUUGGAUACUCUCACCCACACAACCUGUCUCCAGAUCCCUGUCUGAUUUCUGAAUGUAAAGUUUUGUUUUGGGGGCUUUGUUUGUUCGUUUGUUUUUUAAGAAGCAGUUUGUAGUGUCUUAAAGACUAAAUUGAGUGCUUCUAAUUAUGCUAUAGCUUGAUUCUGUGUUGAUCCAAAUUGGAAUAGCUAUUGAGUGUUAAGUCAUGACAAUUUAUUUUUCUAGGCAUGCUAUGUACUUGAAUUUCCUAUGUAUUUUUCUUGGGGUAUUUUAAAUGUGGGGAAGGGAUUGAUUAUUUUUUAGGAAGAAAAAUAAUGUAUGUUGUAGUGGUCACAAAUGAGCCUCCGAUUUAGCUGGCAGGCCAGGUUUUACAAAGAGCAAAAUUACCAUCAGGCCCCUUGAUGAGGGCAAAGCAUACAGGUCAGCAUUACCCUGCCAGACCCCUGGGUCAGGAACUUGGGAGACAGCAUCUGCCUACCUGGCAGAACUCUCCCUCCACGCCCCCAGGUGGGCCGGGUGGAGGGGCCCUCAGCCUGCUAGAACUGACCCCUCAGGGCCCCUGGCUGUGGGCUUGAAAAUCUCAGCAGUCAGUUGUUUACCGCCCUCAGAGCCUAGCACCACACUCCCUGACCCACCCACCCCAAGUCGCGGUUCUUCCUUUCCUCCUGCUUUCUCCCUUCUCCCUUUUCACUCCUUCACCUUCUUCCCUAAAAUUUCCUGUGGCGCUCAGGGUCAGAAUUCAUUCUCCAGCAUGAUUGUGCCUUUUAAUUAGAGGUCUAGAAAGUUCACCGGAACCCACAUCCCGCUCUUCCUGAGAAUCCUGGUGCCUACAAAGCCCCUCAUCGCCACUCAGGGUUUUAGCAGGUGCUCCCAUCCCUCGAUCUAACCCACGGGGGUCAUUCACUAACUCACCCGUGCUGGUGUGCAGUGCUGCGGGGUGAGAUAACCCCAGCCUUUAGACCAUCAGGCUCGGAAGGCUUGUGAAGUGCAACCUGGGUUGAGAUCCUCAGAUGACAGUCUAAUCCCAGAACUGAACCCUUUUCCUCGUGGCAGCUGGUCUCCAGCUGAGUGUAGAUGCUGAGCGGAGCGAUGGCCCUGAUCUUACCUGUGCCUUUAUUGCUUUGAGCAUCACAGUGUCUAACUUGCUGCUUUCUCCAGAAGCUUCUUUUAAUGUGUGGUUAGAAACUAUUAUCCCAGCCAAAGCAGUCAGGCUGUGUAAGAUCUGUGCUCUCUCACUUCCCCAUGCCUCUAGAAGGCCAUUAAACCAGAGACUGGCUUUGGGGAAAUGGAGAGGACAUUUUUCCUGUCCCCAGAUCCUGACCUUUCCAAAGUGCCUUAAAGGAUGGGAGUCAGAUGUUGAGUGGUGUCUUCUGUGUCGACCUCCUUUACUCCUGAAGUGAAACUGCCUCUUCUCUGUGCUGCUCCUCCUGGGUUUGUUCAUGUCAAAUAUGUGGUUCAUUCUCAGAACCAAGGGAAAUGGUUUGGCCUGUUCUUCCACCUUCCAGCAUUCUCUGGGGCCCCUCAGGCCCAGGGCACAGCUAAGACACUGCGGGGCCUGGGCAUUUGCCUGGCCCAGGAGAUGCCAUUGUCAGCAGCUUCCCUUGGGACUGGAGGGUUGAGGAGUCAGGGAGCAGCAUUUCCUUCACCUGGGAGCUGGGACCCCGGUGUCAUGUGCUGUGCCUUUCUCUGUCUAUAUUUUUGCUAGUGACCUGUGUAGAGUGGCCUUUGGGAAAGAUCAGUGGCACAGGAAGGCAAAGGAAAUGCUGUGCCGGGCUUCAGCCUGGCAGGGUCUGCACUGGCCACUGGGCUGUUUGAGAUGCCUGUGAUGCUGUGUAUGUAUUUUCACAUCCCGUGUAUGCAAAUGUGUGUAUUUACCAUUGGGACUAGGGGUGGGGAGCUGUCUCUGACCUUGAUGUUCAGAACAGACAACUGUAUUUUUGCCUUUGAAAUGCAGUAAUAUAACAUGAAUA